AUGUCAAACAUUGAGACUGCGUCGGCGCCCUUCGACGUUUCCACGUCGUACCUUUCGGUUCGCAGCGUGCUUGGCCUCGCCGGCCUCUGGCUGUUGUACCAGUUAUUCAAGGCGCUCUACAACAUCUCGUCUCUGCAUCCGUUGAGCCACAUCCCCGGACCUAAACUGUCCGCAGCCACAUACAUCCCCGAAUUCUACUACGAUGUCAUUCUCUUUGGUCGCUACACUAAGGAGAUUAGCCGCAUGCACGAGCAAUAUGGCCCCAUCGUUCGUAUCAACCCUCACGAGGUACACUGCAGCGAUGUCAACUUUUCAGAUGACAUCUACGCCGUCAGCGGCCGCAAGCGUGACAAGCCCAUCCACCAAAUCAAUGGCUCUGCCUUGGGCGAGGCUGGCUUCGGAACCGUGAACCAUGAUUUGCAUCGCGCUCGCCGCAUCCCCUUGGCCAAGUUCUUCUCUCGCGGCAUGAUUGCGCGCCUCGAAGGCGACAUCCACGACUUGGUUCAGAAGCUUUGCGACAAGCUGCUGGCUCAGCGUGAGGCAUUCGACGUGACCAUGGCCUACAGCUGCUUCACCUCUGAUGCCAUCUCCGGAUACUGCUUCGGCGAGAGCUUCGGUUUCCUCAGACAAGAAGGCUGGUACCCCAACUUCCGGGAGCCGACUGCUUCCAUCCUGAGACCCGUCUUUGUUUUCCGUUUCUUCCCUUGGACCAAGUCUUUUGCCGUUCUUGGAGAGUGGCUCGUCAACUACUUGCCGGCCGACAUCGCGUUGCUCAUCCGCACGCUCAAGAUUGAUAUUCCUAACAAGGUCGAGCACACCAAAGCCGAACUCGACGCCGGCAUCCGGCACGAGCGCCCCACCGUCUUCGGAUCCCUUCUGGAGUCAGAGCUGAAGCUGCUUGAAAAGAACCCAGUGCGAUUAGCCGAGGAGGCGGCCGCCGUCAUAGGCGCCGGAACCGAGACCACCAGCUGGGCCCUGGGCGUCAUCACAUACCACCUGCUCACCAAACCCCACCUGCUCAAGAAGCUCCAAGACGAGCUGAACGCCGUCGUGGAUGACCCCAAGCACCUUCCCGGCUGGACGGCUCUCGAAAACCUUCCUUACCUCGGUGCUGUCCUCCAGGAGGGCCUGCGUCUCUCGUACGGUGUCUCUGCACGCACCGCGCGCGUGGCUACCGAGGAGAAGCUGGUCUACCGCGGCGAGUUCAACAAGAAGCCCGUCGAAUAUGUCAUCCCUGCCGGCUACGCCGUUGGCAUGUCUGCUGUUAUAACGCAUCAUGACGAAACUGUGUUUCCCGACUCGUACCAGUUUAUCCCCGAGCGCUGGCUGGAUGAGAAUAACCAACGCCGCAAAGAUGUUGAGAAGGGUAUGCUUGCCUUUUCCAAGGGCAGCAGAUCUUGCUUGGGCAUGAACCUGGCUUUGUGCGAGCUCAACUUGUGCUUGACGGCACUUGCUCUACGUGUCCUGCCCAAGAUGCAUCUCUAUGAGACGACUGAUGAGGAUGUUGCUUACGAUCACGACAUGUUCAUUCCCGUGACUAAGUCGGGAUCUAAGGGCGUGCGGGUGACGAUAGCCUAA